AUGUCCUUUUUGGGAGGUUGGGAUGCCGCUCUUGGAGGCGAAUUUAUGAAGCGCCGGCCCAGGCGACCCACCACCACCCUGGCUCGAAGAGACAUUCUUUUCUGUUCUUUUCCAAAUCACCAUCAAGGAACUUGUUAUGCCGGAACUCAAAUACGGCGGUUUCAAAAGCGACGCCCUGAAUCCAACACCUUCCAGGGGACUACUGGUCAAAACGCCAGCGGCCUGCCACCCAAGGAGCUGCCAAAAGGAGACGCGCUGACCCAACCAAAAGUUAACAUGCGUGCUGCCAAGGUGAAAUGGACGAGAUGA